GCGGUUUUUACUGGCGAUAUUGUCGCAUUAUUUCCGAAACUUUCUUUCAUAGUUUCUUUCUUUCAUGUAUCCUUUCAUAGUUUUCUUUGCCAUAUCAUUGGUGCUCCCUCUGGUAUCAAUGGAAAUCCAUGAAGAGCACCGCGACAAUAUUCGGAAAGUUCGGAAAUAUUUCGCCAGAAAAGCCAGAUUCCACGGGGCGGGAGCGACUUGGCAAGCCGGAGAAAACCACCUGACGGAAACGGCUCCCAGCGAACUGGGAGCGCUGUGCGGAACAAUACCGAUGAGCCGAAAGGAAGCUCGCAUGGACUACCAUCCGCCUCCACCCAUACCCAAUGCAAUGCAGCGGAUUGACAUCGACCCGGAAUUCGAUGCAGCUGUUAAAUGGCCGGAGUGUCCGUCCAUCAAGCUGAUUCGCGACCAGGGACGAUGCGGAUCAUGUUGGGCUUUCGCCGGCGCCGAGACCCUUUCCGAUCGCUAUUGCAUCGCUAGCGGCGGAAAACAGACCAAAAUCUUCUCGCCACAGGAUAUUCUUGUAUGCAGCGGUGGUCAGAAUCGGAAUCACUGCCAAGGAAAUCGAGCUCGUGCUCCGUACGUUAUGGCGGUUAGCGAUGGAAUCGUGUCGGGCGGAGACUAUCAGAGCGGAUCGGGCUGUCUACCGUACACAGCCUACACGGCCGCAGCUGUUGCCAGUACGUCCACCAGUCAGUGCCAGUCGAAGUGUACUACAGAUCUGGAUUACUUGCAAGACCGAUCCUACGGGUCCUCGUGGUACGAAAUGGGAAACAUUUUUAACAAUUACUAUAACGUGGUCGGAGGCGGCGCUGCGGCCUCCGUCAACAACGAAACGGUGGUCCGGCAGAUACAGUACGAGCUGAUGACACGCGGGCCGCUGACAGUGCAGAUGAAGAUCUACAACGACUUCUUCGCUUACAGCUCAGGAGUAUAUCAACACGUUACCGGCGGCUUUGCGGGAAACCACGCUAUGAAGCUGAUUGGCUGGGGAACGGAGAACAGCACCGAUUACUGGCUGAUCGUCAAUUCCUGGGGUCCGAACUGGGGCAUGAACGGUAUGGUCAAGAUCCUGCGCGGUGUGAAUCAUCUGGACAUUGAGGAAUACCUGGUCACCGGGAUGGUGGAUCCCGGUUUAACCGCGACAGUGGACACCUCUACGUGCAGCUUGACCCAGUGCCAAGGACGGCUAGAUUUUGCCUUGGCGGCCAGCAAUGUUUGCUCCACCAGCUAUUGUGCCUGCUACCGUUUCACAUGGAAGUGGAACGAAACAAACAAUAACUGGGACAAAACACAGACUCCGCAAGUGGUCAGCUGCGAGGAGGGGCAAGCUUUUGAUGCGUCGGGUACGGUUUUGGAAUGUGUCGAUAAAAAUUUGUUACCGGCUUGCCACACACCAACGCUGGCUCCAACAACCAGCGAAGUGCCAUCAACAACAACAACGACGACGACAGAAGAGCCAACGAGGACAACCUCUUCGUCAACCACCACAACGACGACGACAGAAGAGCCAAUGACGACAACAACCACGACGACGACGACUACUACAACACCGACCACCACAACACCAACAACUGUACGCACGUCCACACCCAGCACAACCGUAACGCCGGAUACAACAAGUUCCACAGCCGCCCCGACGAAAUCCAUUACAACGAAGACGACUACAAGCGUAUCCACUAGGAAACCCACCACAACUGUCACGACGAGAAAACCCACAACGAAAGCUAAGACCACUACCAAACUUCCGACUACCAGACGAAAAGCAAAAGGGUCUCUACAACGCCGGUAAAUUCCUUACUGUAGCGACUGGUAUUCAACGUUGGUGUAAUACUAUCAUUACUAUACACCUACUGCUUUACCGUGAACUUGAAAUUUUUGCUUAAAGGGUGUCCUAUAAUGUAUUCAAUCUCAACGCUGUUGCAUAGAAUGAUUAUGCGAUGUGAACUCUUGGAUAUUGAACGAUUCCACUGUCAUUCACAUAAAAUAAUCAAUUAAAAUUUAGAAAGUUCUGCAAUACGCUACUGCGAGUAAAUGUAUUGGAAACGUGCACGUGCAAUGUAUGCAUUGUGUUGUCACCAUGUGAAUAAAGUGACAU